UGCCUGAGUUGUUACACUUGUACAAGCAACGUUUCCUGGGAGGAUUGUAACUCGAAAAUGACAAAAACAGGAUGCCCAUCGGGAACACCCAAUUGCGCCCAAAGCUUAGAGACAUGCACUACGGCCGGUGGAGUCAAGAAACAGAUCUUUUACAAGAGAUGUGGUACCCAAGGAAAGGACUGCCAGCCUAAAAAUAGUCCCUCUUCCUGUAUUGGUUCAACGAUUCCAAUAUUUGGUUUCAGCUCCGAGGACACGUGUUGUAGUGGAAACAACUGUAACUCGGGCCCACGGUAUAAGGUCAGCAGCUCACUUAUGGGAGUUUUCAUUUUGCUGGUUUUCUGGAUCCUUCAUCCUUACUUUACAUUUUAA